GUCUGAGCCAAGAUCAGUUUAUGGUUUGCCGGUGAUGCUGGCGAGCUUGCUGCGGCUCCAGUCCCGUCCGGUGGAGGUGUCGACAACAGCCGCGAUCGCAACAGCCAGUGGCGUCGUUCUUGGAACGCUUGUCCUGCGAUAUCUGUGGCGAGUGCAUCACUUGAACAAGCUGCCGAGCCCGCAACAGUCGAGCUUCAUCUUUGGUCACUUAUUCGACACGCUUGGCAGUGUGGGCCAGUGGAAGACGACGGGCAACUACCCUGAGCCGUUCCUGUCGUGGGUGAAAGCAUACGGAGGCGCGAUUCAUUUGCGCGAACUCCUGACGCAUGUAGUCCUGUUGACCGACCCCAAAGCUGUCCAGCACGUUCUUGUGACCAACGGGGCCAACUACCCUCGCAAUCCAACGCUGCAGGCCUUCUUUUCUGACAUCACGUACGGCCCAGGUUUGAUGAGCACAAACGGUGCCCUCCACGACAAAUAUCGCAAGCUCCUGAAUCCUCUCUUCAGCACGAGCCAAGUCAAGAAGUUCGUGUCAAUCUUUGAAGCGCAUGCCCGUCGGUACUGCGACACCGUGUUAGCCCAAGCUGCCGAUUCCAACACGCCGCUGGACAUGACGACCGUAUUCCACGAAUUGACGCUGGAGAUCAUCGGGUUGUCCGCGUUCGGGUUUAGCUUCGACUCGCGCCCCGAAGUUCACAACGCUUACCAUCAAUUCACGCUCAAACUGAGUCCGGCCCUUCUCAUCGGAGUGCUCACAAUUCCUGGGUUUUUGCGCCUGCCACUUGCGCAAUUUCGACGGCGCCGAGCGGCCCAGCGCGUCCUCAAGAAAAUCAUGAUUGACGUGAUUGAUCGCAAGCUCCAGUCUCCCGCAAAAGCACCCGACGCCCGUUCAGACCUCCUUGACCUGUUCCUACCCCAAGCGACAACGCAAGAAGCGCUUGUCCAUACGAUGACGUUCAUGUCGGCCGGCCACCGCACGUCUGCGUCAUCGCUGGGGUGGAUUAUCGCAUGCCUCGCGACUCGUCCACAUGCUGUCGCUGCCAUUCGAUCUGAGUACCACCAUGCCGUUGCAAAACAUGGAUCUCUUGGAAGUUGGGAGGUUGUCAACACCCUCAAGUACACGGCCGCGUUCGUGAUGGAGACGCUUCGAGUCCACACAAUUGCGCACAUGUUGAUUCGGCAAGUUUGCCAGAAGGACGACUCGAUUCCACUGGCGGACGGGACAUCCGUGUUUGUUCCAGCGGGCACCACCAUCGAAAUUAACUUGGCAGCGAUGAACCGAAACCCAAAGUACUGGACCAACCCGGAAUCGUUCGUCCCCGAGCGCUUCCUCGAAGACACGCCCGAGUGGAACGCUGAUCUGCAGCUGCGUGACGGCAAAAGCCAUACGUUCUACUCCCUUACGUUCAGCGCGGGGAGCAAGAACUGCAUUGGGAUGCGAUUUGCCCUUGCGGAAAUUCACGUCGUCGUGGCAACGCUUGUCGCCCUUUUGAUUUUGUCCUUACCCCCCAUGCCGACCUCCGCCCGAGCCACAACGGCGUCACACUGCAGCCAACCAAGUUGGAAAUGUCGCUGCGGCGUGUUCAAUGCUAGCCAGUUCGCUCCAUGCAAGUGCCUCGCACACAAGGCUGGCAGACAGAAAUCAGCAGCUUGAUAGCGUGGGCUAAGUAGAACGUCUUUUCUUGAUCGGGUGUUUAUGCUACUGCUGGAAUCGAAGCACGUUUUCGACGCAAAGCCCGUUUCAGGCAGCCACCAUGGCGUUACCCACGAUCUCUUGGCGGUCCUCGUACAUGGUGUCGACUGAUCUCGUCCAACCACUUCUUGGCCAUUCAAUUGGUCAUCCGAUCUCUUUGUAGGCGUUGCAUGUGACCAGGAGGCGACGACAAGUCCUUCCUUUUUCGUCUUGGCGUGCAUUUGAUGCAGCGCAUGGGUCUUGAGGCGGGGGUAUGUCGGGAACGUGUGUAUCUUGUCGUUGUGCGCUUGCGAGGUCGGAGACGUUUCGUACUUGCACACAUUC